CUCAGCGCAAUACAGACGUGCCAAAAACUUUACCGAUCGUGUAGUGACUUCAGUUUGAAAUGGUGAAUAGAGAAGAUACCGUCGUGUCUGUCCCAGCCAUGGCUAGGACACCCCUCAAAUCUUCGUUUUCGAUCAGUUCCCUGAUACCAGAAAUCUUCUUGGAGGAGCAUAACGAGGCUGAAAAGGCAAGAAUACCGACGCCGGUCUCUGACUUGAGUGAAUCGGAUUGUGAUUUGGAUGUCACUGGUACACCGCCACCUUUGGAUUGCAGCACGGGCGAGAAAGACGACCAGAGCAAAGCCAAGGAAAAGCCUCCAUACAGCUACAACGCUCUCAUCAUGAUGGCCAUCAGGAGUAGCCCAGACAAGAGGUUGACGCUCAAUGGUAUCUACGAAUACAUCAUGAGUAACUUUCCUUACUACAAAGACAACAAGCAAGGUUGGCAGAACUCCAUCAGGCAUAACCUGAGUUUGAACAAGUGUUUCGUGAAAGUGGCAAGGCAUUACGAUGACCCUGGAAAGGGUAACUACUGGAUGUUGGACCCUUCGGCCGAAGACGUUUUUAUUGGUGGUACCACCGGUAAAUUGAGGAGAAGAUCCACUGCAGCCACGAGGUCGCGUUUGGCAGCUUACAGGAGGUCUUUCCAUUUACCCCAGCAGUACUACCAGCAGCAAGUGUACCAGAGGUAUCCACACCCUUACUUCUUACCACCACAAACAAAUUUACGGCCAGUAUAUGGGAAUGUACCAGUGCAGACGCAACUUUUGGAUAUGGCUGCUUACUUGAGGCAACCCCACAUGGAGCUUUAUCAAAAUUUGAGGUUUCCGCAAUAUCAGCCACAGAUGAUGGCGCCUUUGGUGCCCUUCCCCUUAUCGCCAUCCAGUGCUUCGUCUUCUCCCGAACCAAGAAAUACAGACAGUUUGUUCAAACCAGUGACCGUAAUAUCGAGACAAUGUUGAUUUUUUGAUUAUGUGAGUGAUAAUUAUUCAAAAGGCUAACCAAAGAAAUAUUAGAUAUAGUAAGAAACUGCAGUCUUUCAGUACAAAUUUGUUGUUUUGUUUCGUUAUUCGAAAUGAUUCGUUUUUGUUUUAUAUCCGAUCCGUCGGAUUGAUCUCGACUUUUUGUAUAUAUAAGAUGUAAAAAAACAACAUGAAUGUACAUAACUUUAUCAGAUAGAUGAUUGUAAAUAGCUGUAUAUAAAAUUUCUUAAAUUAUUCAGAGUUAUAUGUGAAAAAUUGUAUAUUAAGUGAAUUUUAUUCGAGUCUAUUCCAAGAAAUAAAUAAUAUGA